AUGAACCGUUACGUUGUUUUGGCGUUACUUUUGUUGUGUGGUAGUUUUAAGAUACUGGUAGCCUCAGAUAUCGAGGAAAAUGUAGAUAUUGAGGAUAAUUUGGAGUCCCCUUUAUGCUGUAAUUUAACUGUGGAACGCAUAGAGGUUGAGUACAGCUCUAAAACUAUCGAAAAUGAGUACAUUGUUAUGUUUAAUGGUUACUACAAAAACCAAGCCAGAGUGAAUUAUAUAAACACCGCAUUAAACAAAUCCGGUAUAAGAAAAUGGAAAAUUUUAGCGAGAGAAAACCCGGCUAGUGACUACCCGAGCGACUUCGAUGUGGUUAUACUGGAUGAGACUGAUAGGUUAGAUGGUUUAAAUGCCUUAAACGACCACCCCGCAAUAAAACGCGUUACAUCACAGCGAAUGGUGUCCAGGACACUGAAAUUCGUCAACAACGAUUUUGUGAGGAUAGGACGUACAAGUUUGAACUUGAAAAAUCAAUUUCCCCCGAGUCACAAUAGGCACAACAGCAGGCGAUUGCUAAGGGCUAUUCCCAGGCAGAUUACCAGUGUUUUGCAGGCUGAUUCUUUAUGGAAUAUGGGAAUUACAGGGAAGGGGGUCAAAGUGGCUAUAUUUGAUACUGGUUUGUCAAAGGCACACCCCCAUUUCAGAAAAAUAAAGGAGAGGACCAAUUGGACCAACGAAAAAACUUACGAGGACGGCCUGGGUCACGGCACUUUUGUGGCCGGUGUCAUAGCCUCCAGCAAGGAGUGUUUGGGCUUCGCUCCGGACUCUGAGCUGCACAUAUUUCGCGUGUUUACGAGCAAACAAGUGUCUUAUACAUCGUGGUUUUUGGACGCUUUCAACUACGCGAUCUUGAAGAAAAUCAACGUACUGAACUUGAGCAUCGGAGGGCCGGACUUCAAGGAUCAUCCUUUCGUGGAUAAAGUAUGGGAGCUAACAGCCAAUAAGGUUAUAAUGGUGUCCGCAAUAGGCAACGACGGGCCCCUCUACGGAACGCUAAACAACCCGGCCGACCAAAUGGACGUCAUAGGCGUCGGCGGCAUAAAUUUCGAGGACCAAAUCGCGAAAUUCUCGUCGCGCGGCAUGACCACCUGGGAGCUGCCGCAAGGCUACGGGCGCAUAAAACCCGACAUAGUCACUUACGGUUCGGCCGUCAAAGGAUCCAACAUCAAGGGCGGCUGCAGAACGUUGUCCGGCACCAGCGUGGCCUCGCCGGUGGUGGCGGGGGCUGUCACCUUGCUGGCCAGCGGCGUGCUUCACAGGGGGGAUAUCAUCAACCCCGCCAGCAUGAAGCAGGCCUUAAUGGCUUCUGCGAGGAGGUUGCCCGGGGUUAAUAUGUUCGAGCAGGGGCAUGGCAAGCUGAAUUUGCUCAAGGCCUAUCAGAUUUUGAACACCUAUAAGCCACAGGCAAGUUUAAGUCCGACCUACGUGGAUUUGAGCGAAUGCCCGUACAUGUGGCCGUACUGCACGCAACCGCUCUACUACGGCUCUCAACCGGUCAUAGUGAACGUCACAAUUUUAAACGGUAUGGGUGUUUCCGGAAGAAUCAUCAACAAACCGCAGUGGCACCCGUACACUCCGCAACAGGGCCAUCUGUUGGACGUUGCCAUAUCGCACUCGGAACUUCUAUGGCCUUGGUCAGGUUGGAUGGCGGUUAGUUUGUCGGUGUCCACCCAGGGGGCGCAGUACGAGGGACUGGCGCACGGUCACGUGUCCCUCACGGUGGAGUCUCCCCCCGGACGGGGGGAGACCGAACCUCGUCAGAGCACGGUGCACCUACCUAUAAGGGCGAAAAUUAUCCCCACCCCUUCCAAACACAAAAGGAUCCUGUGGGAUCAGUAUCACAAUUUAAGGUACCCGCCUGGGUAUUUCCCUCGGGAUAAUUUGAAGGUUAAGAAUAAUCCCCUGGAUUGGAACGGGGAUCACAUACACACUAAUUUUAAGGACAUGUAUCAAAACCUAAGAAACGCUGGGUAUUACGUAGAAGUGCUCGGUUCUCCGUUUACUUGUUUUGACGCGUCUCAAUACGGAACACUUUUGAUAGUGGAUCCUGAAGAGGAAUUUUUCCCCGAAGAAAUAUUAAAAUUAAAAAGAGACGUUGACGCUGGUCUUUCCGUUAUAGUUUUUGCUGAUUGGUACAACGUUACGGCCAUGAAGAAGGUGAAAUUUUAUGACGAAAAUACAAGACAGUGGUGGAUGCCCGACACAGGUGGUAGCAAUGUGCCCGCCCUCAACGACUUAUUAACCUCCUGGGGCGUACAAUUGGGAGACAGGGUGUUCGAGGGACAUUUUAAAUUGAACGAUCACGAUAUGUACUACGCUUCUGGCACUAGCAUCAAAAAAUUCCCCGAAGAGGGCGUACUGAUCGCUGCAUCACUUAACGACCAAGGAGUACAGAUUAUCGGAGAGGUGGACACCGAAAAGUACAAAGUUCCCGUUCUGGGCCUCCUUCAAUCAAAAUCUACCGACAAAAGCGGUCGUAUCGUCGUGUACGGUGACUCGAAUUGCAUCGAUGGUAGCCAUAUUGAAAGCCCGUGCUACUGGAUGUUGGAUGCGAUGUUGGAGUACACUUCCACCUCCCAUCUGCCCUCUGUGUUCAAGGACAACGCUUUGGAGAGCUUGGACGAUGUGGUUCACACUGAACAUCCCGCCCGGAUGGAGGGAAACAGACUUUACAGAUACUCCAAAGUUUUGGAAGCAAACCUGGGAGAGUCGCAAACGAAACCUCUCCCCCAAUGUCCUCAUUUAGUGUAUUCCCACCCUGUCCCACUCAACGUAUCUGCGCCUACAAACCUGUACCAAUCGCAAAAACUGCUUUCACUCAUAGAGGACGCCUCGGCGCCGCUCCACAACGUCAACGACAACCUAAUCAAAGACGCGUCGGGCCACGAGAACAGCGCCGAGCUGAUCGAGUGGAGCUGGCGCAACAAGCCGGCAGAUGGCGCUGGUCGCGCCUCGGAAAUGUCCGGCUACACGGUGUUCCUGUGCCUCUGCCUGGCGCUCUGUUGCCUCUACUACUUCGUGCGCUACAGCUGCCGACCGAAGCCGAAAAAGAGGAAGCUGUGCAAGCGGCUGCUGAACGUGAUGCAGUGCCGGCGCCUGUCGACGGUGUGA